CUUCCUCUGAGGCAACUGAGCUGUGCACAUGUUUGAUCUGAUCUGAUCUGUCCAGUGUCGUUGCCGAUGGUUCCUCCUGACACGUCAGACACCUCAGGGGAUGUGGCCGUUGGCGUGCAGGCAGCCGCAGGAUGGAGCCAUCCCACCGCUCAGCCGCUCCCCGCCUGGCCUGCAACCUCUCCCACCCCAUUGCCCGCUCUCCCGCCCCCCGUGCCGCAGAUUGCCCCGCCGCCCGUGCAGAAUGUGCCUGCUGCCGUUGUUGUCCAAUCAUGGCCAGAGAUCCCGAGGGUGGGCAAGAUCACGCGACAGAGGCUGCACGUGUGUAUCCUUUCGUUCACUGUCCGGGCCUGUGUGUGUGUUUGUGUGCAGCUGCGGAGUUUGAGCUUUUGGGUGUUCGUCUUGUCGCACUUCGUCCUUUUCGUUCUCAUGCCUCUCGUGCUGGACUGGGUGCCCCGCUCCCCGCUGCCGAUGGUCUUCUGGUCUAUCCUGUUGGUGGCCAUCUUGGUCGCCUGCUCGAGGUCUUUCUUCAAGCGCAUGUCAGAGGUCGCCUCCCUCCAUGGCGGCGACUUCACUCCCAAGCGGACUCGACUCGUCUCGAUGGUUACCCAUGGUCUCGUGAUGCUGCUGCUGACUGCCUUCUCGCUGUACCUUAGUCUCGACGGAGAAGCGCUUAGGUUGCCGGCGGAGAAGACCGACACUGUAGGCGAGAGGACAGACACUGUAUUGUCCACACGCGACCUGAUGGAGGUUUGCCUGGUGGUCGUCAUGCUGGUUCUCAUGCCAACUCUGAGGACGCUCAUGGAGCAAGCCCCUUGGUCACGGCACCAAGCUCUCCAGAGAGCUGCGUUGACAGUGAGUUGCGACCUCACUGGGAGUAUGGUGGCGUUGCUGGUUAUGUUCAUGGCCACGGGUGUGUUGCUAUCCACCUUUGGGGAGGGUGCUUCCCGCGCCAAGGAAGGAUGAGUGAUGACGGACGAGAGAUUGAGUCGCGUAAUAGGAGGGGAGGUGAGCUGGAGUGUGUGAGUGAGUGACUUUGUGCUGUGUCUCGGUGUGCGGCCAAAGUGUCGCUGGUGGUUUGGUGAUUUGGGUGAGCGGUUGUGGGGACGUACGUGUGUGCGUAUGCCUUGUGCAUUUGUCGACUGCAGUGAGAGACAUCGACAGUGUGUGUCUCUCAGUGUACUGCCAUUGAAUUGUCAUGCGGUC